UGUGUAUUUUUUAAAGAGCAGAGGAAAGGUAGCUUGUUGCUUUUUUUCUACAUCACUGCGAACUGUAAAGUAAAAAAAAAAAAAAAAAAACUUUUUGCUCAUGAUUUAUUGAUCCGGAAAAGUCGAAUCUGUGAAUAUCUUGCCAACUUUACCGAGCUACAUCAGUCAGUAUGCUGGGCUUUCUGAUACUGGUGUGGAUGUGCAUCUUCCUCCUGUUCCUCUUCAUCCAGAUCCAGAGGCCUAAGAACUUCCCUCCAGGACCUCGUCCCCUGCCAUUAUUCGGGAAUUUGUUGGAGCUAAACAUCAACAAUCCUUUGAACGACUUUGAGAGGCUUGCAGAUCGCUAUGGGAAAGUUUACAGCUUGUACCUGGGAACUAAACCUUGGGUGGUUCUUAAUGGUUUUGAGGUUUUGAAGGAAGCUCUUCUUACUAAGGCUGUGGACUUUGCAGGACGACCGCAGGAUCUCAUGGUCAACCAUGUUACAAAAGAAGGCGGUGUCAUUUUGUCUGACUAUGGCCCCAGUUGGAAAGAACACAGACGCUUUGCUCUGAUGACCCUGAGGAACUUUGGCCUGGGGAAGCAGUCAAUGGAGGAGAGAAUUCUGGGAGAGGUUUCUCACAUUAUUGCCAAACUGGAAAAAAGAGUUGGAAGCUCCUUUGACCCUCAGACUAUGUUCCACAAUGCUGCGUCAAAUGUAAUCUGCAUUGUUUUGUUUGGGUCUCGUUAUGAUUAUGAGGAUGAAUUCCUCAAGCUUUUCAUUCAGCUCUAUACAGAGAAUGCAAAGUUUGCCAAUGGGCCAUGGGCCAUGAUAUAUGAUACAUUUCCUAUGGUGAGAUGUCUGCCUUUGCCCUUCAAGAAGGCCUUCACAAAUGCCACCAAGGCCAGAGAAAUGAUCGCACAACUGAUCAAUGAGCACAAAAAUACAAGAGUCCCAGGAGAGCCAAGAGACUUCAUUGACUGUUAUUUGGAUGAGCUUGAUAAGAGAAGAAACGAUGGUUCCUCAUUUUCUGAAGCCUAUCUUAUCCGGUACCUUCUGGAUUUGCACUUUGCAGGGACGGAUACCACGUCCAACACUCUCCUCACUGCUUUUCUGUAUCUCAUGAACCAUCCAGAGGUUCAAGAGAGAUGUCAAAAAGAGAUCGAUGAGGUUCUGGAGGGUAAAGAUCAGGCAUCGUAUGAAGACAGACACAAUAUGCCGUACACACUGGCUGUGAUUCAUGAGGUUCAGCGAGUGGCUAACACUGUACCGCUAAGUGUGUUUCACUGCACCACCAAAGACACAGAGCUGAUGGGCUACAGCAUCCCAAAGGGAACCUUUGUUAUUCCUAACCUCACUUCUGUACUAAAAGAAGAAGGCCAGUGGAAGUUUCCUCAUGAAUUCAACCCAGCCAACUUCCUGAAUGAGCAAGGCCAGUUUGAGAAGCCUGAGGCCUUUCUGCCUUUUUCUGCAGGUCCUCGUGUGUGUCUCGGUGAGGGUCUUGCACGUAUGGAGCUCUUCCUGAUCAUGGUCACUCUGCUGCGCCGAUUCCAGUUUGUGUGGCCAGAUGAUGCGGGAGAACCAGAUUACACCCCAGUGUAUGGGGUCACCCUCACCCCCAAACCCUACAGAAUGCACAUCAGACGCAGAGAGACAGUCAGAUUCUGAUGAUUCUGACAGAUUUAUGUUUAAAUGAUGUGGUAAUAUUGUGAAAUACUUUAACAAUUUAAAAUAAUGUUUUAAAUGGGUCAUCGGAUGCUACAUGCACUUUACAAGUAGUUUGAACUGAAAUGUGUGUUGGCAGUGUGUGUGUACACAACGACCCUAUAAUGGUGAAAAUAAUACAUAAUACAAUAAAUACACCCAGGUUUUUUUUUUUUAUCUAUUAAAACCUUUAAGGCCCUUUCACACCAAGGACAAUAACUAUAAAGAUAACGAUAGAGAUAUAGUUCUAAAAUUCAUUCUCAAUAUUAAAAACUAGUCCACAACACAACUUUAACGAUAAAGGCACAGAGAAACGAUAUUGUUGGAAUCACUUUCAGACGAUUUGUUUUCUGAUGAAUGAUAAAAACAUUGGCAGCCAAUCAGAAUCAAUCCUGCUGUAAUGAGCUUGAGAAUUUAAAGCGGCAGAUGCAUGUGCGCUUUGAAUAAACAUACAAUAUCAUGCGCUGGUGUGAACGCUAAUACCGUUAUCUUUAUCGUUAUCGUUCUCUGUAUGAAUGGGCCUUUACCCCUUCCUCAAAUGAGCUGAUCUCAGAUGCCUGUCUUUGUGAUGUCACACAGACAGGUCCCUCCCACAAUAGUUUGAUUGACCCUAGUGUUUCAGCACAGACUGGACUGCCCUCUGACCUUAGACCUGCCCUGAAUGAGCUGUCAUCAGUCAGCCAUUGUUUCAGAGCUGGAGCAGAUAUAGACAAGAAUGUCUCCUAAGCGAUUGAGGUGUUUUGUUGUUGGAUGUAAUAAUGGAAAUAGCAGUCGUCAUUUACUCCUGACAUCUGAGCCGCUGCAGAACGCAGUGAAUUACGUUUGUUUUUUAAUGUGCCCCGAUCUGCCUUCAUGUGUCUAUCUUGGUGCUAAUCAUUCGAUCAUUGAAAAUCACCUUUCCUAAUAAUGUGUUAAUUAGCAAGUUUAACAAUGAAUGCGGCUCUGUCUCUGAGAGUGACUGGGAGUGAGGGGCGGGGUCUGCAGAGCUCAUUAACAUUUAAAGGAAAAUGCUACAGAACGGCUUAUUCUGAAAACAGCUGUUUAUGACAGGGUAAAAAAAAGAAGUUUUUUACACUGCCAUUGAGAAAUUGUAUCCAAACUAUUUUAUAGACUUUUCAUUAAGACCCUAAAGAAUAAUAUCAACUUGUGGAAAAUUUGCAUCCAAUGACACCUUUAUUAUUUCACUAUGUAAUUUAUACCUAUAAAUCUUCAUUGUCACGUGAUCCUUCAGAAAUAAUUAUAAUAUGCUGAUUUGCUGCUCAAUAAACAUUACUGAUUAUUAA